AUGCCUUCAUCUUUUACUUCGAAAAUUACUCGCAUGCGAUCUGUAAAGCUGCCCUUCAAAAAGUCGAGUUCUACAUCAUCCUCUAACGCAUCAUCCACAGCAUCCACACCGUCUCCAUCCUCACCACCAUUGCAAUCACAAUCAAGAGAGCCGAACUUUUACAAUACCCCUGAACCCACUGUUGUGGCCACUUCUGUUCAUGCCAUGCCUCAAUCCAGUUUUGCUGAAACACUCAGAGUCAUAUCAAAGGAAGCGAAUCGCACUCAAUUUGAUGAUGUAUUCGAUAGUUUCUUUUUCAACGAUAAGAGAUGUCAACAUCGUGCUUUGUUUAUGGCUGCCCGCUUAAAACAAACCUUAGAUGGAGUCAUUAACCCAAUUCGCCCUAGCUCAAAUUACGGACCAUUACGUGAAUUACCACCAGUGACAUUAACUCCAUCUUACUCAACACCCAUAACGUCAUCUACCACGACCACUGCUAGUGCUGCCUCAUCACAAAGCACUACAUCACCUGCUACCCCUACCAAACCCAUUGCAUCCGUUGACAGCUUCUGGCGUACAGUAACUCACAGAUUAUACACACUCAACUAUAUUCUAUUUGUCUUGCCUGCUGAUUCGCAAUCGAGAGCUGAUUUUCUAAACAAGAUUGAAGCAGAUUUAUCGCAAAAAAGUGAUGGCCGUGAACUACAACGUCGUGGAGGGAUGGAAGCGCAUUUUGCUGUGCGCUAUGCAUUGGAACAUAAGCGACCUCGCCGGCGCAAGACAUUGUUGGAAGAUGCAUUUGCCGAAGAAAAAAGAAAUGGCGGCAGUGUAGCAGGUGCUAUUUUGCCUACAACUACAGCAACGUCAGAUGAUACUCGAAAAAUUGACCAACUGGUUGAACAAGCUAGACUCGUCAUUGAACAAUGCCUGGAAAGCGAGUCCAAGCUGGGACAUGCAGAAAAGGAUGCCAUGUAUGUAUUUCAUGGUGUGCGCGCGGGAUUACAUGGUGCAUUUGAUUUGCACAUUGAACUGGAGGAAGAUAGAUCAUUGCGUCAUAGAUUGAAGAGAACUGUGGACCACAAUAGAGAACUGGCAAAACCAGCUUACGAGAAUCCAUUUGAAGACGAAGAUCUAAUAGUAACUGAAGAAGAUGAGUCUUCCCUGGAAGAGGAGAAAAAAUCAUCGAGGGAAGUGGAUAGUGGGUUUUAUGAUGGCUGGGCCAACUCUGCAAACCAUAAUGCCACGCUGUCAGCUUAA